AUGCCACCGGUUGACAGACCCAAACAAGACAGCUAUGACUAUAUUGUCAUUGGCGGAGGCAGUGGUGGAUCCGGUACAAGCCGCCGCGCGGUCAAGUAUGGAAAGAAGGUAGCCCUAAUCGAGGCCACCACUAAACCUGGAGGAACUUGCGUGAACGUUGGUUGUGUGCCCAAAAAGAUUAUGUGGCAUGCAGCAGAUACAUCUGAACGUCUUCGUGCAGCUGCUGAUUAUGGGGAAGGUAUCGAGCAUAUUCAUGGAUACGCCCGCCUCACAGGGCCGAAUUCGGUUGAGGUUACUGGCGCUGAUGGUUCGAAAAAGGAAAUACAGGCGGACCAAAUUUGCAUCGCUGUAGGAGGUCAUCCAACCGUCCCUUCCGAGCAAGAUAUUCCAGGAGCUUCGUUGGGAAUCACCAGCGAUGGUUUUUUUGAGCUCGAUCACCUUCCCAAGCGAGUCGCUGUCGUCGGAGCAGGAUACAUUGCUGUCGAACUCGCCGGGAUCUUGAACACUUUGGGUUCAGAAACUCAUCUUCUCAUUCGAUACGAAAAGUUCCUGCGUACUUUUGACCCUAUGUUGAGCGAUGUUCUUAUGGAUUGGAUGGGACAGACAGGUUUGAACGUCCAUAAAAAGACUCAAAUAAUCAAGGUAGAAGGCCAGGCGGGUAGCCCUCUUACAAUCACCACGGACACUGGCAAAACUAUCGAAGUCGACACUCUUAUCUGGGCAAUUGGUCGACGUGCGUCGACCGAAGACAUUGGCCUCGACAAAGCUGGUGUCAAGACCAACGAGGAGGGUGAUAUUAUUGUAGAUGAAUAUCAACAGACCAACGUACCAAGCAUUACUGCGAUCGGGGAUGUUCAAGGGAAAGCAUUACUCACGCCUGUUGCCAUUGCUGCAGGACGCCGCCUAUCAAACCGCUUGUUUGGUCCGUCGGAGUUCAAGAACGAUAAAUUGAGCUAUGAGAAUAUUCCAACUGUAGUGUUUUCACAUCCCACUAUAGGAACUGUUGGUCUUACUGAACCAGAAGCAAGGGAGAAGUACGGCGAUCAGGUUAAGAUCUACAAGUCUUCUUUCAAAGCACUCUAUUACUCUAUGAUACCAGAAGGGCACAAAGAACCAACUGCUUACAAGCUCGUGUGCGUUGGUCCUGAGGAGAAGGUGGUUGGCAUACAUAUUAUUGGACUGGGAAGCGAUGAAGUCAUGCAGGGUUUCGGUGUAGCCGUGAAGAUGGGUGCUACUAAAAAGGAUUUGGAUGAUACUGUUGCUAUUCACCCAACAUCCGCUGAAGAGCUGGUAACCAUGACUUAA